AUGUCUAGCAAGUACUCCCUAAAGAGUUUGCCAGGUCACAAGCCUGGAAACGCUAUACCUGCCUUCUUCUUCGCUCAUGGCUCUCCAGCUCUCAUGACAGAAUCAGGUGCUGCCAAGUCUGGACGCUUCACUAAAGGCUUCGAAGGCGGUCCAAACGGCCAGCAAGCCAACUUUCUCCGUCAGUUUGGGCCAUUUCUGCUCGAAACGUACAAGCCCAAAGGCAUCGUCGUGUUCUCAGCUCAUUGGGAAGUUGAUGCAAAUGCACCUAUUCUCAUCACUGACAAUACCGAGGCAUGGCAGAUGAGCCAGGAUGCUCUGUACUAUGACUACUAUGGCUUCCCAGACCCAAUGUAUCAGCUUCGCUUCCAAUCAAAGCCAGAUCCUGAGCUAUCACAAGAAGUCGCUGCCCUGUUAUCUGCUGCCGGGAUCAACAACAGCAAGGUGCAGAACAAGCGUGGCUUUGAUCAUGGUGUGUACAUCCCCUUCAAGCUCAUGUUUGGAGACAAGCUUGAUGUGCCGCUCGUUGAGGUAGGCCAGUAUGUGAAUCCAGAAGCAAAUCUCAAGCUCGGCUCGGCAAUCGCAUCGUUGGCAAAGGAAGGAUAUCUUAUUCUAUGUGGUGGACUGACCAUUCACACAUUCAAGGACUGGCAGGCUUGGGAUAGAGUUACUGCUGAUCCAGGUUAUGAUGCACUCAUGAGUACUUUGGUGGAUGCACAUGAAGAGGAAGACCUCUUGCAACAAAAGCAGCGUUUACUCGACAUCACAACACAUCCAUACUUUCGCAAAGCGCACCCUACAAUUGAACACUUCACGCCGCUAUACAUCGCAGCUGGAGUUGGACAAGCUCUUGAAGGGCAGACAAAGGUGGUGAGUAACGUUUGGGGUGCACAGACUGCUGCAUAUGGCGUUGGCGCUUGA